ACAAACUACAGUCCUAACUCAUGUCUGAGUUUGUAAAUUGUUGUGUUAGCACUUUUAGGUCACCAUAGCACUUCUUCACAAUGCACGAUUGUGUCAUCACUUCCCUCGUCAGUGUAAAAGGUCAUUUUAGCAUUUCUUUACACAGGUGCAAAGUCAUUUGAGGCACUUAAGCGAAAAUUUAUUUCGAAGGAAACGCUGCUGCUGUUGCAUUCACAUCCAUAAUUUUAUCGAAACACAUCGCCAGCUACUGGCCUGGCAUGCUUAUUACAGAAUGUCAGUGUGAACUGUGAUCGGAUAUAGUAACUGUGAAUAUGCAAAGUAACAACAGUUUUAUGACCCUCAGUUCAAGGAAAAGUUGGCACAGUCGAUAUUAUCUUGCACAAAGUUGCGGGCGAACUCUCACUAACGUCACUUAGCCUUGGAUGCGUGACACGCCACUAAUGUACCUUCACUACGUGCACUCUGAAGGAACCUUUGCCUGCACAUGAUUGCAAUCAUGCAUGAUCGUUUGCACGUGUGAGUGCUUUAUCUCCCCUGCCACACGUACGCACACGUAGCGUUUAAUGUGGGUAAUGUAAACACAGCGGAGUGAAUAUGCAUAUGUUUAAUUGAAUCCCACAUGGAGCCUUGGGGCUAAUAAAGCAAAUUAUAGUAAGUAGUAGUGUUUUCACAUUUUAUGAAGCUACAGUAGUCUCGGUAGCCAACUCUUGGACCAUUAUGGUAAUUAUGUUGUCUCUGUUUGGCUAAACGUCGUUUCCAAGCGAGACGUGAUGUCGUGCUUGCGUAAUUUCUACUCGAGACGUUUGGGGUUUCUUGAGGGGGUUGUGAUGUCACAGAAAGUGAAAUGUCGGCACUGGUCAUGGUUGAGGUAUUCGACCACGUGGAUAGUUUGUGACCUCAUCUCCCACUUCCUCAGUUAUGUUUAAAGAUGCAACCUAAUUGCAAAGUAACUUUAUGGCUAGCGCACAAUGGGAACGUGCUAUCCAAAUGCACAAUAAUAAGCUCCCAAUGACAAACACAUGGCCUGCUUUGUUAUUGUUGGUUUUGAAGGACAAAACCGCCAAAGCACAUUACGACUGGAAAGUUUUAACCCCCCAAUAGAGUUGUUAUACUAACUUGCCGAACUUUUUAAUUCAUAUUAUUCCGGCAGUAUCUAUGACCCUCUCCCCCUCCAUUUUUUUAACUGGACCUUCCCGGCACAGUAGCCCAGACAGAUAUGUCAGUUCCCAGGUGAAGAUAGUUUCACCAGGGGUUCUAACUGUCAGACGGUCGAGAUGAAUGGAGACUCCUAAUCUUGACACUCUGACGGAAUACGUACACAGGCACACAGGCUAGCUGAGAGUGACAGUAACAGGUUGUGGGCCUGGCAGGGGAUUUGGAGAUGUGACUCAUGGCCAGUUCAUUUAUUUGCAAUGCGUCACACAUAUUACUGAGGUGUGUUUCUCUUAAAAGAAACACGUGCACAAUAAAUUGAAAUAAACACCCAAAAUAUAGUUUGGUCGUUCAAAAAUAAUCAGUGAUCAGCAGCUGACAAAAUCAACAUCAGUUUCAUCCUGUGUUUUCUUUCUCUGAAGCUAGCUGGCUUAUAAGCUUAGCAUUGUAUGUUGUGGAACAGUUUCACAUUUACCAGAUGACAUCACAGCAUUUGUUUUGCCGCUUUGCAGGCCAUCCUUAUGAGAUUAACAUUAGUUAUGGUUUAUUUUCACGGCUUCUAAUUGGUAUUUGUUGACGACAGAUCAUGACAGGAGCGGUGUGGAACUUAUCAACACAAAUAGACCCAGACUCCCAUCACACGCUGACACACACACACACACUGCGGCUUGUGUGUAUUUACUCAGCACACACGGAGAGAGGCGUUCUAAUUGAUGGCGACACACAGAUGGCCGGCGGCCUGCGUGACCACAAGAGUAGUGUAGGCUGGCUCCCCGCCGUGCGGCCAGUAAAAAGAGGCGGCGAUGCUUCAUGGCUCAACAAUUCACCGGGUGAACGCAAAGGCCGUCCUCCCAUUUGCCUCAGACUUUGGAACCUUUUCCACUUUUUGUGGGAACGCGGCAAAGCCCGAGUUCACAACAAUUAAAAAGUAAGCUUUACAAGGGCAUGUGGUGCGAAGGCUGAAAGUGACUGAACUGGACAAUUCUGAAAAAAAUUACAGAUGGCCGUUCAUUGCGGCACAUCAGGCGAUUGAGUCAUGCGUAUUACACCAUCCAUCCUUGUGCUAUUGAGUGCUUUCAAAUUUGGCGAUACUUGAGGGAAAUACGUGAUUGUGACACGGGUUUGGGUAAGCAAAUUUGGUUCAUGCGGCCACAGCUGUUUGCUGUGUGUUGAAAAAUAACAGGAAGCAUCCACCAGAAGACUUUCCUUUUUCCCCAAGCCAACAUCCCACUCAUGUUGUUGAAUCACAGCCCUGAAUUUCCAUAUCGUGCAUGUCAUCGAUGUGGGAGAGAAAAAAGGGAAUGCCGCCAGGUGGAUUUGCGCGCGAUCGAAACACAGAGGAGAGCAUCCGGGUAUCAAAAAGCAACUUAAGGGGGGGUGUCCAUGAGCACGAAGGAGCUGGAAAGGAGUUGGCUGGACUGCUCCCAUGUGGGUGGCUGCUUUCUCGCCGGCAGACAAUGUCCCUUUUAAAAUGGCCGCGUCUGGAAAGCCCAUUAGAUGUGCAUAUAAAAUUUCCCUUGUGAUUAAUACUAGUGGAUGCGGCAGGCCAGCUACUCCAACAUGUGGCCGAAGGCCUGCAGACUCCGCCUCCGGGGUGUCGCGUUUCCCCCUACCAUAAACUGGCCGUGCUUUCCCACCUUGAGGAGGAGGGCUCACUGUCAAGGAGGCCUCACCAGACCUGUGAAAAGGGCCGGCCCCAGCGCCUCAGCCCAGCAGUUGAGCAUCCAGCUCUAGCAAGCCAGUCCCAGAAAGCACCCGAGGACCCCGCAGGAGUGCGAGCGACGACGGGGGGGGGUCACAGAGGCGUCGCGUCCUCACGCCGUCAAGAGGGACUUCAUUGACUUUUUUCCAAGUGCCACCAUGGACCAGCCGGCCAGCAGCUGCAUGAGGAGCGCCCACCCCAGCAGCCCCAUCUGGGGGUGCAUGCGGAACCCUCACUCGGGCGUCCCAGGCGCCAACCUGCAGUCACCCUACCAGCAAGCCCCUUUUUCCCUGCACCAGAAGCCGGAGUUUCUGGCCUACACGGACUUCUCCGGCUCCUGUCUGUUGCCGCAUGCCGCUGCCUACCCCCGUGACGACAGGCUCUACCCGGACAGCCAGGGAGGCUACCAAAGGCCCGACUGGCACUUCAACCCAUGCGAAACGCGGGGUCGGGCCCUUGAGGCCUGCCCACCCGUGGUCGCCUCCGCCGCAGUGGGGGAGGGCGCGGGGUCCGAGCUGGACAGUGUGGGAGCCGAGCGACUGCCGGGGACCUUGCCUGGGUGCCCCGAGGGGGAAUACUCGCCUCAGAGCGUGGCAUCGGGCGACUCCGACAAGAAGAGCGGCGGCAAGAGGAAGAGAGAUGGCACAGACACACCGGAGUCAGGGUGCAAGGCCGACACUAACUGCAAGGCCCGCAAGGAGCGCACGGCCUUCACCAAAGAGCAGCUGAGGGAACUGGAGGCCGAGUUCACCCACCAUAACUACCUGACCCGGCUGCGCCGCUACGAGAUUGCAGUCAACCUGGACCUCACAGAAAGACAGGUGAAAGUUUGGUUCCAAAACCGGCGGAUGAAGUGGAAGCGGGUGAAAGGCGGACAGUCGUCGUCACCCAACGACCUGGAGAACGACGACAUGGACUCGGCCGCCUCACCCAGCUCUGACUGAGAGGCGGCAGAAAGAAAAAAAGGGAAGGCACCAAGACGGAACGCUGGUCAAGUCUGACCUCGCUACGAAGGAAUCCAACAAUUCCAAAGACUAUUUUUAAUUUGUGUUCCCAGGAAGAGAAGUAUGUGUGCUUUUCCAAUGUACAUAGUUGAUUGAUGUCCACCAUGAUCUCAGUUUUGUUUGUGAGCCAUCCAUCUUGAAUAUUGUGAGAAGCCUCCUGGAUGGGCAAGACUGGAUGUCAUCGCCAUUUUUGUCACGUGACUGCAACAAUCUGCAGAGACUCAAUAAAAAAAAGUGCAUUUUUUUCCAAUUUUUUUAAUACUGUUUGAAUGUUAGCGAUAAAAACAGAUGUUGACUGUUUUUUUUUGCGCAAAUAGAAUAAAUCCUCUGCAAUAAAACAAAAUACCCUCAGCAUUUAUUUGGUGCUGCACAAACAGAAGCAAAAUGAGUUUCAUGAAAUUAUUUUUUAUUAGCUUACACUGUCCUUAUUUUUUCCCGUAAGAGAAUAAUACAUAAGAUUUCAGUUGCACACCAUCCAUUGUCCGUGUCAGAUAGUUGAUCUGUAUCUCCUGGACAUCCCAGGUCGGGUACAACAGCCAAGUCUUCCUGUGUGGGGGUCACGUGAGCUCAUCCUGCCUAAUGAGGACCAUGGCUGGCCAUCCAACACAAGCCGUCGCAUAAAUCCCUGCCCAUGGUGGUGUAAUUAUCAUUAGUGAUGUCACGCAAUCCUCUCAGAAUGAGUGCUCAUCAAGUCGCCGUCAUCCUGUAAUGCGUCUUAAUCCCAGGAAAUGUUUUCACGCUGCAACAAGCAUUACUCACACCUGACAGUGCACCCUAUAGUCAGCAAUAGUGUCCUCCAAUGACAUCAUUCUUUCUUGUUUAAAGUUAGAUUUAUUAUAAAAGGUAUUCAUUUAUAUAUGUAUGUGUGUCUGUCAAUACGAUAUGGCAUAGUGGGGACUUGUAGCCUGACCUUGAGGGUGUUGCUACUUCCUGUCCUAAAAGGUACCUCUGAGGCUGUUACGUCAUCGUUUAGAAAGAAUACUUGGAUGGAGAAAUAAAAUAAAAUGGUGCGUAUG